AUGGAGGACCUCCCAGGCGCCAUGACCAAGCUGCACCUUACCGCUCAAUCUCUUGGCACGGAGGAUCCAACCUGGAUCGACACAAUCCUAGAUGAGCAACGGCCUCGCAAACGAUCAAGGAAAACGAAGGAAGAGGUGAAACAGAAUCUCGAGAAAGGGUUCCUAUCUCCGUCAACAUCAUUCAACACGCCAUGGUUGAACGAGCUCCAGCAACGGUGGGAGGUCUCCACAAACUACUCCGAUCUGUUCGAAAUUGCCCCAACGCAGACGCGGACUAUUAUCCGCUUUACCCGUGAAGGCCUUGAGGGCCGAGUAACUGGAUAUAAAGAAAUCACUGUCCCAGCCAACUCAGCCACUGCAAAGAACUCGACUUCUCUGUUACGGAAGCCUGCCAAUAGAGCUGAUUUUGUCCGUGGCGCUGCGGGGUUCUUUCCCUUCGCCCCAGGAGGUUUGGACGGCGUUGAAGCUAUAGCGGCGUUAGAGGACGAGGCCAUCUUGCGUCAAGAAGGUGGAGUAUCGAAAAAGAGUGGUGGUCUUGACCGCGUAAUCAACUUCGGAGUUGAAGGCGGCUUGCUCGAGGUACCGCCAGGCUUUACGCGGGGUUUAGACUUCACGAAGAAACCUUCAAGUGACCAGAAGGCAGCAAAAGAGGUGGAAGAAACUCUAGAAGAAGAGCCGGCACCGGUCUCAGAGACGGAUGAGCCGAACGAAGAUGAGACGGAAGCAUUAUUAGCCAGCGACGCCGAAAAGCCCGGCAUUGUUGAUGGCACUGACGCAGAUGGGGAUGAAGAGAUCGAUUCCUUGCUUCCGGUUGAGUUCCCAGCUCUAGCUCCACAUGGAACUCUCGUGGGUAGCGGCAAGAAAGGCGGAAGAGAAUGGGCCCAUAUGGUAGACAUCAACCGGGAGAUCACCAAUUUCAAAGAACUAGUACCCGAUAUGGCAAGAGAGUGGCCGUUUGAGCUGGAUACGUUCCAAAAAGAAGCCGUGUACCAUCUCGAAAACGGCGACUCGGUCUUUGUAGCUGCACAUACCUCUGCCGGCAAGACGGUGGUAGCAGAAUACGCAAUUGCACUGGCCGCGAAGCGAAUGACCAAGGCUAUCUACACUUCACCUAUCAAAGCCUUGAGUAAUCAGAAGUUCCGAGACUUUCGGUUGAUAUUUGACGACGUCGGAAUCCUUACCGGAGAUAUUCAGAUCCGACCUGAAGCAAGCUGCUUGAUCAUGACCACCGAGAUUCUUCGGAGCAUGCUCUAUCGCGGUGCGGACUUGAUCAGAGAUGUCGAGUUUGUCAUCUUCGACGAGGUGCACUAUGUCAACGAUCUGGAACGUGGCGUGGUGUGGGAGGAGGUCAUCAUCAUGCUCCCUGAGCACGUCACUCUGAUUCUGCUCUCCGCCACAGUUCCCAAUACCUACGAAUUCGCUUCUUGGGUAGGCAGGACGAAGAAGAAGGACAUAUAUGUCAUCUCUACACCAAAACGGCCAGUACCACUAGAGCACUUUCUCUGGGCAAACAAAGCCAUGCACAAGAUUGUUACUGCGGAUAAGAAGUUCCUCGAUGCCGGAUGGAAAGAGGCCAAUGAUGCUCUGUCUGGAAAAGACAAGAUCAAAGCUCUGGCAGCAAAAGAAGAGGCGGCUCCCACACGUGGAGGCGGCAACCAACGAGGCGGCGGCAGAGGCCCAAAUCAACGAGGAGGCGCCCAACGAGGUGGGGCGGGUAGAGGAGGCCCACAACAACGCGGACAAGGCCCUCCUGCUGCGCGUGGUCGUGGCAACAUUGCCAGAACCGGACGAGGAGGAGGCAGAACAACGGCUGCCCAAGACAGGAAUAUCUGGGUGCAUCUCAUUCAGCAUUUGCGUACCAAGGAACUACUACCAGCUUGCAUAUUCGUGUUUUCUAAAAAGCGUUGCGAAGAAAACGCCGACGCACUGUCGAAUCUGGACUACUGCACGGCGGCAGAGAAGAGUGCUAUACAUAUGACUAUCGAAAAGUCGCUUGCUCGACUUAAGCCGGAGGAUCGAGUACUACCUCAGAUUAGACGUUUGAGAGAAUUACUAGCCCGAGGCAUUGCGGUCCAUCACGGGGGAAUGCUACCAAUUGUCAAGGAAGUCGUAGAGAUACUCUUUGCAAAGACAUUAGUCAAAGUUCUGUUCGCGACGGAAACAUUUGCCAUGGGCCUGAAUCUUCCAACGAGAACAGUAGUCUUCUCUGGCUUCCGAAAGCAUGACGGCCGCCAGUUCCGAGACCUUUUGCCUGGCGAAUAUACCCAGAUGGCUGGGAGAGCUGGACGGAGAGGCCUUGAUCCUGUCGGUUCGGUCAUCAUCGUCAGUCCCGGUGCAGAAGAAGCCCCACCAGUGGCGAGAUUGAGACAGAUGAUCUUGGGAGAUCCUACGAAGCUGCGUUCGCAGUUCAGGCUCACUUACAACAUGAUCUUGAAUCUACUUCGCGUCGAAGCUUUAAAGAUCGAGGAGAUGAUCAAGCGAAGCUUCAGCGAAAAUGCCACUCAGGCACUAUUACCUGAACACGAGAAUAAGGUCAAGCUUUCAGAAGCGGAUUUGGCAAAGAUCAAGCGCGAGCCCUGCGACAUAUGCGACAUCGACCUUGAACAGGUUCAUCGAGCAUGCAUGAAUUACCAGCGCCUUACAACUGAACUUUAUUUAUCUGCGUUGGGGAAUCCACUUGGACGAAAAUGCUUUGGUGCUAAGCGACUAAUAGUCUACAAAAAGGACGGAGUACGCACCGCCGGGAUGCUGCUACGUGAGGGUAUCAACAACAGUAAAGAAGCUGAGCCUACCGUGCAAGUGCUCGAAAUAAGCACUAAUAGCAAACGACUACCCAGCGACCUACUCCCUUAUCUCCCCAGCUUCGCCAAACACUUCAACUCAUUGCCUGCCGAAGAAUCCGACAUGAUACUCAAAGUAGUCUUUGUUCCUCUCAGCGAGAUUGAAUGCGUAACGCGAACUAUCGUUGACGUCCCUGAAACGGCCAAGAAUCUCAACAAGAGGAAAGACGCCCUAGAACUCGCACGAAACCAAUUCAUGCCGCUGUGCAAGUCGUGGGCAUACCAGGACUGGGAUGAAACCAACACUUGGGAUAGGAUCAAGAACCUCCAUUUUCGCGAGGCCGCUGACGCGCGGAAGAGAGAAGGAGAAGUUGCACAGUCCGGCGCAUGUCUGACGUGUCCCAACUUCCCCAAGCAUUUCGCCAUGCAACACGACGAAUGGAUUAUCCAGGAGAACAUCGCGCAGCUACGACAGCUCAUGUCAGAUCAGAACCUCCAGCUGCUGCCGGACUACGAGCAGCGGAUAUCAGUCCUCAAAGACGUUGGUUUCAUCGACUCAAAUUCUAGAGUGGAGCUCAAAGGAAAGGUUGCUUGCGAGAUCCACUCUGCCGACGAGCUUGUACUUACAGAACUGAUCCUGGAGAACGUCUUGGCACAAUACGAGCCGGAAGAGAUCGUGGCCUUGUUGUCGGCGUUUGUGUUCCAGGAGAAGACGGACGUAGUACCAACCCUGACGACGAGCUUGGAGAAGGGCAGAGACAAGAUUGUCGAGAUUGCGGAGAAGGUCAACCAGAUACAGACUUUCCACCAGGUGAUCCUGUCGGCGGACGACUCGAACGACUUCGUGAGCAGACCGCGCUUUGGGAUGGUGGAGGUCGUCUACGAGUGGGCGAGGGGCAUGUCUUUCAACCGGAUCACAGACCUGACGGAUGUCAUGGAGGGCACCAUCGUGCGAGUGAUUACACGGCUGGAUGAGACGUGCCGAGAGGUCAAGAAUGCCGCGAGGAUAAUCGGAGACCCCGUCCUGUUCUCGAAGAUGCAAGAAGCGCAGCAGGCCAUUAAGAGGGACAUCUGCAAUUGCGCAUCACUGUAUUUGUAGAGUCAAGGCGGUGAGCAUGGUGCGCUUGGGGAAGGGCGAUCAAGCUAGCCCUCGACACGGAGUCUACCAUUGCGCGUCUGCUCGCUGAUUGGGACGGCGGCACCGGGUCCUGCGAUCAGACCGCUGGGUGGGCAUGGAGGACGGGCUGCUAUUGGCUCCGUGUGGGGGACGAGUACACUGUCUUACUUGGAGGGCGAUGAGUGGCUGUCCAAACUCUCCGAGGGCCGCUUUUCUGUGAGGACGAGCCUUAUCUCUGGCACGAUGAGACGAAAGGGACGGACAGUGUCGAUAGAGUGGCCUUCGGGCGCGGACAAUAUACACGUUCUGAG